UUGUUUAUUCGUCAAGCUUAUGUAGACUACUUACAAUUUUCUUACAUACUAGAUAUUAUUUCUAUUGUACAGAAAUAUUGUUCAGUAGUCGGGGCGUUUAGGCGCGUUUAUUAUUCGCGCUGUCACGUUUUUUCAAAAAAGAAAAGAAGAAAUCGUUUGAAAAGCUAUGGAAUAAAAAUGGCUUCAGCAGUGAAAGUUUCUCAAGUGGAACAAUCCGAGAUGGAGCUCAUUCUGGAAGAAAUCAGGGCCAAGCGCCUGCGGAAGCUGGACACCAGUUCGACGGCGAAGGCGGCAGUCGUUACUGCGGUGGACCAGCUGGAUUCUACAUCCGGCAUCGCAGGAGAUUCCAAGGAAGUGGAGGGGAAAGGACCAAGUUUUGAAAGUGCUCCUGCAGAUAUUUUCUUGGACGACGUCGGUGGUUUGUGGAUGCCGGAUGUGGAUGGCGUCAACAUCGUCAACAGCUGACCUAACUCGGGGAGGCUACGUGGCCCACGGAAGAGGUUUACAUCGGUGUUGGGAGCUGGUUGGAUGAUCCCAGAAUUGAAUUUGGUGAGAGCGUUCUAAUUUCUUCCUUAUUAUAUUAUUGCAUUUCAAUUUUCUCAUUAUUUACCAACGCCCACUACUUCAUUCGUCGGUGAAGUAUCCCAUCAAACCCUUUCCCCUUCCAAAUCCGGAUAUCUUGGAGGUCGUCUAAGUUCUUAGGCAUCUCUAUAGGAUAUCCAAUCAUCAAAUCCCUCCCCACCUCCCCCGUUGAUCGUGAGGAGUCGACCAAAAGGACAAAUGAAUGGUGAUGUGUCAUUCGGCACAUUCCUGACGCAUUUAUUUUCCUUAUCGGCGCCAACCUAGCUAUUGCGAGCUUUAUGCUCGGCUAGAGUACGGUCAACCAAGCUAAGCUAAGUUACUAGAUAUUAUUUCUAUUGUACAGAUUUUUUCGUAGUUCCGGUUUAGACAUGUCGAAAUGUAUGUACUGUGAAUUUUCAUUAUAAAAGCGCAUCAUUUGAUUUAAUGGCGAAUUUUUUAAAUAAUUUGUCGUGUAUGCAGUUAUUCUAAAAAGUGGGGAAUGUCUAAGAUUACGGCUUGGUUCAUGAAUACUAUUGCGAAUUUCUGAAAAUAAUGUUGCUGACUGUAUGCGUUAGAAAAUAAUGUCGUUGAUGAAAGAGAGCAUGGCAAAUUUACGACGUUCUUGUAAUGAUUGUAUGUUUAUGAGCAUGCAGCGUGCUUCAUACGAUGGGAGAGGAAAUGCAGUCCAGUUCAGUACAUAGUGCGUACAGUAAGAAUUGUUUUAGGACAGAUUCAAUACGUGCUUGGUGUACGGCAUAGUAUGGAUUCCAGACGAUACUACAGUAUUCCAAGAGUGGCCUGACAUACGUUAUAUAGAGUAAUUUAAUAGUAUACGGGUCCUGGAAGUUGAAUGCAAAGCGCUUUAUAAAGCCUAAUGUACUUGUUGCCUUGUUUAUUAUUGUGUUAUAGUGUUCUACAAAAGUUAGUUGUGAGUCUAGGAUGACACCUCCCACAUUAACUCAGUGCGGACGUUAGGCAUCGGCGGCCGUUACUGAUCGUGUGGUCCGCCCUAGAACCGCCCUGGCGGACUGAGGGCGGGCCGCCUGGGCGGUUGAAAUUUGACUUAUGAAAUUUUUCAAUUUCGUCCGCCCUCCAUCCGCCUUGGCGUGCCAUGGGCGCAUCGCCUGGGCGGUUCAAACUGAUCGCUGAAAUGUUUCAAUAUCGUUCGCCCCUCAAUCUCCGCGGCGAGCCAAAGGCUGAUUGCCAUGGCGGUUUGCAUCUGAAGGAAUUCAUUCGAAUUUGACAUUUCAGUCAGUUUUCAACGAGCUUCGGUGGGUGUUGUUAUUUAAUCGGCGGCUGCUGAUUUUCGUUGUUAAGUUUGUGUUGGGAGAAGUGUUGUGUUGUUUAGAUUGUUUACUUAUGUAAACAAACAGUUGAAAGUGCGUUUGAAAUAGUGAUUGAAGGUUGUUUUGCAAGAAUAAUCGUUAUUGUUGGUGUAAUUUAUGUGACACUCAUUAUAAAUAUGGUUGGCAGAUGUGCAAUCAUUUGGAAUACUUAGAAUUUGAUAUGUUUCAUAGUUUUUAUGAUUUGAUUUGUUCUUUUUUGUAUGUAUGUAUGGAAAUUUGGUGUACAUUUUGGUAAAAAGUAUAUCUUUCCCAGUUACUUUAAGGGAAACCUCUUGAAGAGUAUCGGGGUGGUAUUUACAAAGCAGAUUUUGUGGCAAUGUUUACUCAAUUUAGUUAAUGUUUUUUUUGUGUGAAUGUUAACACUCCAUAGGUUGCGGGUUCAUUGCUAGCAGUGGAGGCGAUUAGUGGUGCAGCAGCGAUUUUUGUCUUUCUUUUGUUUGACGUUUUGACAAAGGACUUUGUCUUAAAGCUCUAUCUGCGGUGUCAAUGCAAAAUUUUUCGAAAAUGUAGCGUUACCGUCGCAUGCCCUCGGCGUGACAUUCUGUUUCUGUUGCGUGGAUGCCGUGCCAACUAUUUAAGCUAAAAGUUAGCCUCUGGAGGAUUUAGUGUCCAUCAGACUUUCAUCAAAGAAGGACCUUACGUUGGGAAUUUUAAUGCUCACACACACACGCACACGUUGAAAGAAACAGGUGGUGCAUAAACUUGAGGGAGGUCCAAGAAGAUAUUGACGGUUGCCAGAACGGUCACCGGAAUACCGAAAUGAUUUUGAACAAAUUGGUAGGAUAUCGGCCACACCCGGAGUGGCCAGUGCCCUGGGGAAGGUUCUACCGGGAGGACAUUUACGGAACCAUGCAAAUUGGGGCAAUAUGGGUAUUAAAAUUCAUGGUUUUGACAAAGGACUUUGUCUUAAAGCUCUAUCUGCGGUGUCAAUGCAAAAUUUUUCGAAAAUGUAGCGUUACCGUCGCAUGCCCUCGGCGUGACAUUCUGUUUCUGUUGCGUGGAUGCCGUGCCAACUAUUUAAGCUAAAAGUUAGCCUCUGGAGGAUUUAGUGUCCAUCAGACUUUCAUCAAAGAAGGACCUUACGUUGGGAAUUUUAAUGCUCACACACACACGCACACGUUGAAAGAAACAGGUGGUGCAUAAACUUGAGGGAGGUCCAAGAAGAUAUUGACGGUUGCCAGAACGGUCACCGGAAUACCGAAAUGAUUUUGAACAAAUUGGUAGGAUAUCGGCCACACCCGGAGUGGCCAGUGCCCUGGGGAAGGUUCUACCGGGAGGACAUUUACGGAACCAUGCAAAUUGGGGCAAUAUGGGUAUUAAAAUUCAUGAUUUUUGAAACUGGUAAUGAAAAUGGGCAUUUUGACAGGAUUGGCCACACCCGGAGUGCCCAUGGCCCUGAGGGAAGGUUCUACCGGGGGACUGUGGACUGGCGUUGAGAAUGCGACUUGUAAGGUCGGCGGUUACUUUGCAACUGAAAGUAUAUGUUUGUAAUUAAUACCCAAAAACACCCAAAAUGGAUCUACAAGCAAGCUUAUUCCUUCCUCAUUUUCAAUAUUUUUAUCUGUACUUUUCUGUAAUUUAUUCCCAACCAAGCUGUACAGCUAAAACAAACAACAUUUUUUUAAUAAAGGCUAGUAUGGAGAUCGGAAGGAAAGGGGUCAAGAAACAGCUUUACGAACAGCAGAACAAAGGAGAGGGAGCGUUUUCUUGGGGCUUUUUUUUCACCCUAUCUGGCUUGCUUUCGCUUCAACUGCUGCCCAUUUGAAUUUUGUCUUGACCGGUUCCUUCCGAUGUGCAAACACCGCUUAACAUUGUAUCAAAAAUUACCGCAUUUUAACUAAUUUUGAAACUGUUUAUAAAUCAUGGCAAAAAUUACUAAAAUGUAAAAUCAGUAAUAUUUUCGAAGAAUUUGUUUUCAUCAGUACCGGUACACUUUUAUAAAAUAAAAAAUAGUCCAUAUUUCAGUUUAAAAUGAUUUCUUGAAAAGCAAUCUCAAUAAAUUAAGCAAAUUGCAAAAAUAAUAUAAAUAUUUCAAUUAAUGCUCAAAAUGUGCUUUGCUGCACUAAAUACAUUUUUUUUUAUAAAAAAAUAAAAUCAAAUGUUGUUAAUUCUUGCCACAAAAGCUUUCUGAAAAACACAUUUUUACCGAUUUAACGAUUUUGUUCUGUAAAUGGAUGGUAGUAUCAACAUUUUUCAACUUUUAUAUUAAAAAUUUUGAACUUUCUAUUAAUAUUCACUUACGCGAUCUUUUAACCAAACAAACGAUAGUUUUUACCGAAAAGUUUUUUUUUCUCUGUUGUGUCUACUUAAUAAUAUUUUUGUUUAUCUUGAAACAAAACAUAGUUCAGAAAAUAUUAUUCUAAUGAAUAAAUCAAAAUCAUGUGGUAAAUUGUUGCAAUAAAAAUAAAAUAUAUAAACUGAAAUAAAUGCCGUUCCGCUAUUUUCGAUUUCUAUUAUAUGUCAAAUUAAUUUUCUCUUCAAAUUGUAUUUAUUGUAGCUAAAGGUGAUAUUGAUAUUACCGUAGAUUAGAUUAUUCAAUGUUACAUAUAAUCAUGAUCAAAACAAUGUUUAAGGUCAUUUUAUUUAUAAAUACCUUCAAAAUAUACUGUGCCUAUCAGAUAACAACAAAAAACAUAUUUUAUUAAAUUAUUCUUGUAAUGCAUAGAUGUAUAGAUUGCAAUCUGACUACUUUCUCAAAGGGUUCCAGCUCAGGCGAAAAAUUUUUCAAACUACCACCGCAGAGGUCUGUCAGACUCCAACACGGAGGAGACAAUAUCCUAACCAUAAAUUCCUUCAAACCGUAUCUUGCUUAUCUAAAAACAGCUGAAAGAUUUUUUAAUGUUUUAUUUUUAAAUAUUUUGUUUUAUUUUUCUCGUAAUGUAAAAUGGGUUCCAAGCAACUUUGAUAUAUUACAUCAGUAGAUUGUUCACAGAAACUUAUUUUUUGUUUAAUCACGAUCUUUACGAUCCCUGUUCAUGGUUUCUUUUCUUAUUUAAAAUUUUAACUUUUUCUUUGCUGAUAAACUCCUGUUAUGUAAUUUGAAAAAGUUUGGUUUCAUAAUUAAGUACAAUCGAUUAAAGAACCCCAAAGUUUCUUUAAUUUAUUUCAAAAUAAUGUUUCUCUUAAUUAAAUUUUGAUAUAUUUACUUUACUAAAAUUCUGAAAGUUUUUUUUAAACUCAAUAAAAUGAUACAUUGUUAAAAUAUAAUUUUAUCGAAAUUAAUUAAUGAUUUUGAACUAUUUUGAUACAAAUCACAGAUAUUGCAUUGAAAAAUAAAAAUAAAUAUAAUUAAUAUAAAUAUUUCCUAGUUUUUUUAAAAUUAUGUUUUUUUUCGUUGCUCAAUUCAAAAUUAAUAUUUAAAUAUUUGUAUUAUUUUCUCUUGUGACGCAACGCUUUCACAAUUUAAAUUAUAUUUUAAGCAUUUCUGAUGAUUAAUCAUUCCUUUAUUUAUUAUUUAAAAAUACAUCAAAUUAAUUAUUAAGUGAAUUAUUUGACCUUUUUUUAACUAAUAAUGUAUUGUUCAUUCCAUUACUUAAAUUUUUACGUCCCUGUGAAAUAAUGUUGGGUUUCAAGAAAUGUUUCUAUCACAGCUGAGUAAAUCGAUUAAAGUAACAAUUAACAAUAACAACUAUCAAUAUGGAAUACGAAUACUUAAUCAUUAACGUCUUUCAAUUUAGAGGUUUAUCUUUCAAGAGAGGAAAACUCCAGUGUUAGUUAUAGUGACAACCGUUUUAGUCCUAUUCGAUGAAUUUAAAAUCAUUUUUUUAGGUAGUUCACAGACAUAACGCCAAAAUACAUAUUACUUUAUCUGUGGAUACCAAAAAAUGCUCACUUUCACAUUUAAAUUUAUUUAUUUAUUUUCUUAGGUCAAUUUCUUUUGUGAUGUUAAAGACGGUCCUUAAUUGAAUGAAAAGAUUUGCUGAACAAUAUAUUUUUAAAAUCCAUAAGGCUCCUUCUGCGAAGUUUUUUUAAAAAAAAAAUCAUCACAAAAGUCUGUCGGGUUGUUUUAUCGAGGAGAUUGUUAUCGGACUGCUUUCGCAAAGAACUCCAGCACAGAUUAUUCAUUUUUUUAAUCUGACUACCAUCGCAGAGGUCUGUCAGGAUCCAACACAGAGGAGACUUUUUUUUUCUGACUACCAUCGCCGAGGUCUGUCAUGCUCCAACACAGAGGAGACUUUUUUUUCUGACUACCAUCGCAGAGGUCUGUCAGGCUCCAACACAGAGGAGACUUUUUUUUCUGACUACCAUCGCAGAGGUCUGUCAGGCUCCAACACAGAGGAGACUUUUUUUUCUGACUACCAUCGCAGAGGUCUGUCAGGCUCCAACACAGAGGAGACUUUUUUUUCUGACUACCAUCGCAGAGGUCUGUCAGGCUCCAACACAGAGGAGACUUUUUUUUUCUGACUACCAUCGCAGAGGUCUGUCAGGCUCCAACACAGAGGAGACUUUUUUUUUCUGACUACCAUCGCAGAGGUCUGUCAGGCUCCAACACAGAGGAGACUUUUUUUUCUGACUACCAUCGCAAAGGUCUGUCAGGCUCCAACACAGAAGAGACUUCAAAAUUAAUUAUGACUAAUCAAUUAUAACGGCAAAAAAACGUUGCUCAAAUCAAAUUUCAAAGCAAAACAUUGAUUGUCAAUUUCUGCAUAAAUCUAUAAAAUUUUCAUUAGAAUUCUAAAACGAUAGUUUUCAAUUUCCACAGCAUCAAGCAACAAUUUAAUAUUGCAUCAAAUUCACAGUAAAAAUUUAUCGUCAAUAAUAACAACAAUCAAAUCUUCAUUCAAAUGAGAACUUAACAUUUUUUCAUUAACCAUAAAAUUAAUAAUCAAAUUUUGCAUCAACUUCAAAACAAAACAUUGGUCAUCAUUAGCAUAUAAAAAAUCAAAUAUUGCGUCAAAUUUAAAACUCAAAAUUGCUAACCAUUAAACCACAAUCAAAUAUUGCAUGAAAUUUAAAACCGAAAAAAAUACCGUUCUAUAAUAACAAAACUCAAAUUCAGAAAACAAAUCUUGGCCUUCGAUUGCCACAACAAAAAGCAAAUCUAUCGUCGUAUUCAAAAUAAUAACUGGUUUUCGAUUACCACAAUAUCAAUCAAACCUCGUAUCUUACUCGAAACAAAAUAUUGGUUUUCAUUUAUCGCAAAAAUAAGCAAAUUUGUCAUCUUACCAUAACAAAACAUUGGUCUUUAAUUCCCUCUUCAACAAUCAAAUCUUUCAAUCAAAAUUAAACCUGUAAAUUUUGUAAUUUGUGAUUUUAUUGGACUUUGCAUCAAGUCAUUGCCACAACAAGCAUAUCUUUCAUUAAAUUUAAAACAAAACUAACAAGAAGCAAAUAUUUAUCUUAUUCAAAAAUAAACAUUGGUCUUCAAUUACCAAAAUAACCAGCAUCCAAUCCAAAAUAAAAAAAAAAAAAUGAUCAUUAAUAAUAACAACAAUCCAUAACAAUCAAAUUUUGCAUCAAAUUCAAAGCAAAACAUUGGUCGUCAAUUAUAAUAACAACAAUAAAAUUCAAACAACAAAUUUGAUUUCAAUUACCAAAACAACAACUAAAUUAAAAACAAAUUAUCUACCUUCAAUCGCAAACUAAUCCUCCAUCAAAUUCAAAACGAAAUAUUCAUUUUCAAUUUCCACAAUCUUGUCAAAUCUUUUGUCAAAUUAUAAACAAAAUAUUGAUUUUUAUCAAUCACAAAAAUUAGAAAAAAAAAGUCUAAUUCGUAACAAAACUGUUGGCGGCUUAACUGGCUGCGUUAAUUUGACAGCUCUGCUCGCCUGCCGCAACCAGCUUGCUGCGAUCGAGCGCAACCCUGCGCAACGUUUCUCGCGCGCAACGGCGCGACGUUGCCACGACGCUGAACGAACGACGAGACACGAACGACGACCGACGACGACGACGAGAGAAAAAACCGCCAUUUUGCGGUACCAGUCUUUUUUCACCCUCGGACAAGUUAACACGUAGUUUUUAAUUAGACUUAAUAAAGCUAGUUGUAGUGCUAAAUCCGAGUGCGUUUACUUUUUUACCACACCCACGGCCAGUUCGAACAAUAAGUACAGUCCACCCGUGAGUAUUCCGCCGUUUUCCGUGGGGCCAACGUGCCGGCCCGAACAUUGGUCCAAUCGACCCGAAUUUGCACAUCCGGCGUGGAUGUGGUAAAGAAGCCUGGUGAAAAGUGCGAGGCAAACGUGCCUCAGAGAACAAGCGGACAGUUCCCGCGAAAAAGUCGCUCCGGUGAGAGACACGUAGCCGCGAGUGCAAAAGUGCAAAAAGUGCGAUUCCGGAACAUUCGUGAACAAUCCCGACGGAGGCAAACAGCCCUCAUUUCCGUUCGCGAGUGUCCAUAAGUGCAAAGAAGAAGAGGAGAAACUUAACCUAAAAGUGCUAAAAGUGAGAAGUGUGGAAAAUGCCGCCAAAAACCCCACGUACUCCGAUGAAGAAGUCGGAGGAAGACAUCCGCCAAGAAGAGUUAGAAGGCCUGGUCCACAUCCGAGAACAGAAGGUGGAAAGGAUCACUCGGAUGAAGGAGGCGAUCACCAGUGUGCCCAGAGGUGGGCGCACAGCCGCGACGGUAAGAGGAAACCAGAAGAAGCUGGAGUUGGUGAACAGCGAGUUCGACAGCGUCCAUCAGCGGAUCAUCCUCUUGGCGGAUGCAAGCUCUCGAGGUCAGCAUGAUGCCACGCAGCGGAAGUUCGAAGCCAUCUACGAUGAGCUCAUCAUGACCCUUGAGCAGUGGACCGAUGACCUCACCCCCGCCGUCGCUGCAGGAACGUCCAACGCCCUCGCGCCAGCCGGCGCUCAACCGGUGGUCAUCAACCAGCCUUAGCCGAGAAUCAUCCCUACGUUCGACGGCAAGUAUGAGUCCUGGGACAGGUUCAAGAUCAUGUUUAAGGACGUGGUCGACCGGUCAAACGAACUUCCCAGGAUCAAGCUAUACCACCUGGAGAAGGCCUUGAUUGGAAGUGCUCAGGGUGCGAUCGACGACAAAACCAUCCAGGAUGGGAAUUACGCGCACGCCUGGGACAUUUUGGAGGAACAGUACGGGGACAAGCGGCGGAUGAUCGAUCUGCACAUCGGUGGCAUGCUACGAGUCCAGAAGCUGGUCAAAGAGAGCCACGAGGAGCUAAGGUCACUCGUGCAGAACUUCAACGGCCACGUCGAGAACCUCAAGUUCCUUGGCCAGCAGUUCACCGGAGUGUCGGAACAGAUCGCCGUCUACCUCCUGGCACAUGCCCUGGACGACGCCACGUACAAGCUAUGGAAGGCAACGAUCAAGCGAGGAGAACUUCCGAACUACGAGGCGGCCAUCCAGUUCUUGAAGGAUCGAGUCUCCGUUCUGGAACGGUGGGAGAAAACCAACGAAGCGGCACCGAAGCAGCGACAAGCAUCCAAGCCAUACUCCAGCAAGCCAACCCAGAAGGCCAACGCGGCCACAACGUCGCAGCCGGAAUCCCGGUGCGAGAUCUGCGCUGAGCCACACCAAACCUUCAAGUGCGCGACCUUCCUCGGGUACACGGUAGCCCAGCGCAAGGACAAGGCGAGGGAGAAGAACCUGUGCUAAAACUGCCUGCGGC